AGUGACUGGAUUAUGUGUUAAUCCCAUUAUGAUGCUGCUGCAAUGUGAGGGCCGGUUGGAGGGAUUAGAAACUAAAGGCUCGAGCUUCAGGACAGGAUCAGCAGCAAACUGGGGGACUGUAGCUCCUAACAUCGAUAAAGAUACUAAUGGCACAUGUAAACAGUUUAGAUGACACUGCCACUGACCGAACAAGUAAAGGGCAUAUUCAUGAAGAUACACUGACAUGGGGUCUACUGAACGUUUAAUGUUUGGAGCGAGCUGCUGCCGACAGUGUACCACCUGUUUUGACUGAUGAGAGAAUGAUUAACCUGGCUGGCAAUGAGGAUGCAUGUGUGUGUGUCCCCCUGUCAGUGAGUGUAUACGUGACAGUAGGUGAAGGUCUGGAUGAGGGACAGAGAUCACAGACUUUAACAAACACGUGGCAGUGACAGAGAGACAAUGUGCCGGAGUGCAGACAGUACCUGUGCCUAUUGUCCUGCAUUAUUGGUGUUUUAAGUGGAAAGUGUUUCGCAACAAAGACAGUAUAUCGAACUCAAAGGAUUGUAUUUCAUCUUCAAGAGCCCAAAAAGUGAUUUUUGGCUCCCUUGGUCCAAUGCAGCCGGCGGAGUAAGUGCUUAUUAAAAGUACAGCAGCGCCACAAUAGCUGUGACUAUGUCAAGGUUUGAGGAAGCAGUCAGAGUCUGAUACAGCAAGUAGAAGCAGGAGUAGGUUCAACAGAAAAAUCCAGAGGUGAAUACAAUCUGCACCAGGCUGCGGGCUCCACUGUGUCUUCAUCCUUUAUCUCCUCAUCUUCUGCUCCAGCUGCAACUUCAGCUCCUGCAGCAAACCAACAUAAUCAAAUCCUCAACUAGUCCAGCGUCUGGCUCUUCCAUAAUCUGCAGCAGUCUCAGCUGUUGCCAUGGCAUCAGCAGCUCUGGAGCUGAUGGGCUUCUUCCUGGGCCUGCUGGGGCUGCUGGGCACCAUGGUCGCCACAGUGCUACCAUACUGGCAGAUUUCUGCCCACAUCGGCUCCAACAUUGUCACGGCUGUGGGCAACAUGAGGGGCCUGUGGAUGGAGUGCGUCUACCAGAGCACAGGGGCCUUUCAGUGCGAGACCUACAACUCCAUGCUGUCCCUGCCCUCCAACCUGCAGGCCUCUCGCGCCCUCAUGAUCAUCUCCAUUGUGCUAUCUAUACUCGCUAUUGCCAUGGCGGCCCUGGGGAUGCAGUGCACUCUCUGUUUGGAGGGUGCAGGUACAGUUAAGAGUCGUGUGGCAGGUGCCAGCGGGUGCUUGUUCCUUGCUUCCGGCUUCUUUUCACUCAUUCCGGUGGCAUGGACCACACACGAGGUGGUCCAGACCUUCUACCAACCCAACUUGCCUUCCAGUAUGAAGUUUGAGCUGGGGGAGUGUCUCUUUAUUGGUCUGGCCUCUGCGCUUAUCUCCAUGCUUGGAGGGGGGAUGCUGUCUGUGUCAUGCUGUGAGGAGCAUAAUGGCGGCCGUGGGAGACGGCACGGCGGAGGGUAUCCAUACCCGGCAGGAGGCGGCGUGCCGGGCACAGGGUUACGGACUACCUCACAGACCUACCACAACCCCACCCUGCAGGUGGGCGGCAUCAACACGGCCAACAGGGGGCAGACGCUGGUCCGCGGUACCAGUCACAGCUCCCAGUCGAGUGCACAAGGAAUCCAGGGAGCCCAGAAGUCCACUGCGGCAGGAUAUGACAUCACAGGAUACGUCUGAGGUUACUGUAACUUCAUCACACCGUUAAAUAUGGUCCUCUGACAACUUACCUUCAAUUACAUGUAUUUAUGUAAUGUAUAUAAUCGAAUGUUUUCACUAUGUCUGCUCGACGGAGCAAGAAUCUUGCUUGUUCAAAAGUUAGUUAACAACACAUUUAAGAGUCCUUCCGCUCAUAUUAUUCCCAUUUUAAAAUGUGUUUUAUCAAAACCUUGGUACCUAAUGGUUUGGCUUUUGACGAAUUGGAUUGGGGGGACACAGUUCUACACUUUUACAUAUCACAAAUAUUAUAUACAGAGCCAACAGAUACAUUGAUUGUUUGUGUGAAAUAACAAGGCAGAGGUACUUUGUAAAAUUGAA